CGUCAAUUUUUUUAUAAAAAAAACAGAAUCUUAUAGUAUUGUAAUUAUGUAAGUAUAACUUCAAAAUAUUAUUGUCUAAAGGAAAUUUUUUGAUCAAAUUCAUAAAAUUUUAAACGAAUUGAAAAAAAAGAAUAAUAUUUGACGCAAAAUUGAUAAAAAAAAAAAAAAAAACGGAAACCGCACAGCAUGGAAAGAGAGCGAAGGAAAAUGCGCGCGGUGAUGGAAGCAAACCGUUCUUUAUAUUUAUUUCAUUUUCUCUUCUCUUUCAAAUCCCAUUUUCUUCUACAUAAGUCGAUGACGAAUUGCAGUUUACUAUACAAAAAAAGAAGCAUUAAUCGGUGAAUUUUUGAUAUUAUUUUGAAAAAAAAUGGGUGAUUUAGAGAUUCGUUUGAAGGGUUUGAUUCAAUCAGAGUCAAAAUCAAAUGGAGUUGGGUGUUUGAGUUUGAGAAGCAGUGUUUUGUGUUUGAAUUCGAUUGGUUUUGAUGGUAACAAUGGAGGGUCGCUCUUCGAGGAUUCGGCUAGAGAAUCCUUCGUCUCUUUAAUUUCCAUGGAAAAUUGUUUUCCUUCCAAGUGUAUGUUACGUGCACGGAGGAGUAGCUGGAGAGGAAGGGGACGGUUUUUGUCGGUGACACUUUCAGAUUCUAAUGAGAUUUUGGGAAAGAAUGGGGAAGCUGCUGUGGCGGAGAGUGAAGUUAAUGUGUGUAAGGAAGUUGAAAAAGUAGAGAAAGGGAAGCUGCAUGGUGGAGGUGGAGGUGCAUUUAAUACUACUAAGCAUCUUUGGUCUGGAGCUGUUGCUGCCAUGGUAUCAAGAACUUUUGUUGCCCCACUGGAGAGACUAAAGCUGGAAUAUAUAGUUCGUGGUGAACAAAAGAAUCUUUUUGAGCUCAUCAAGACAAUUGCAGCUACUCAAGGGAUCAAGGGAUUUUGGAAGGGGAAUUUUGUGAAUAUUCUACGAACAGCUCCAUUUAAGGCUAUCCACUUCUACUCUUAUGAAAAAUACAGAGAUCAUCUGCUCAAAAUAACUGGUAAUGAGGAAGCAACUAAUAUUGAAAGGUUUGUUGCUGGUGCAGCUGCUGGAAUUACAGCUACUGUGCUCUGCAUACCUAUGGACACUAUUAGGACAGUAAUGGUUGCACCUGGGGGAGAAGCCUUGGGUGGCUUAAUUGGUACAUCCCGGCAUAUGAUUCAGACAGAGGGUUUUUUCUCUCUUUACAAGGGCCUAGUACCCUCUAUCAUCAGCAUGGCACCUUCAGGUGCAGUUUUCUAUGGAGUUUAUGAUAUAUUAAAAUCAGCUUAUUUGCACUCACCUGAAGGGAGGAAAAGACUAGAAAAUAUGAAACAAGGUGAAGACCUGAAUGCCCUGGAUCAACUGGAGUUGGGCACAGUUAGGACUUUGGUAUAUGGGGCGAUUGCUGGUGCUUGUGCAGAAGCUGCUACAUACCCUUUUGAAGUUGUGAGGAGACAGCUUCAAUUGCAGGUCCGGGCCACUAAGAUGAGUACACUAGCAACUACCCUGAAGAUCGUUGAGCAAGGUGGUAUCCCUGCGCUCUAUACUGGAUUGACUCCCAGCUUACUACAGGUUUUACCAUCAGCUGCAAUAAGCUAUUUCGUGUACGAAUUUAUGAAGAUAGUUUUGGAAGUGGAAUAAACAUGAGAUUGGGGUUCCUCAAGGUCAUUCCUGGUGAGACAUUUACCCUGACAGUUGUAUGCAAUUUUACCCAUAGGGAGAAAUUUGUGGUCCUGUUUCACGAUUCUCUGAACAAGGGUAGGUGAUAAUACAUGUUAUAUAGGAGAAGUUGUAGAGAAUGUUUCCUAGUUCUGGAGCUCUCCCUUUAGUACAGAGCUUUUUCACCUAGAUGAAGAGAGUGUUUGGUACGAAGGAAAACAUUUUCGAAUUUUCUCAUGUUUGGUUGGGGCAAAAGUUUUGGAAAAUGUUUUUCAAAUUAACUCAUUUUUCUCAAAAUUAAGGAAAAUGACUUCCCUUCAAAAAUUAAGAAGAACAUUUUUCAAAGCUCUUCUCCAAUUUCAAAUUAUUUUAUUUUUUUUUAAAAAAAACAUCAAAUUUUAAAAAAAUAUAUUUUCAAUUUCAUAAAUUAUUUUUU